AUUACUACUAAUUAAUUAUCAUUUAGUUCCAAAAGUGAACGCACCGUCGUUUUCCUUUUUUGUCGCCCCCUAAUCCUCUCUAUCUUCUCUUUCAAUCAACACUAACACUGCCAAGCACCAGCGACAAAAUUUAUAUAACCAUUUAAAUCUGAAACCCUAGGAUUUCAUUUCGAAUUUGUGUUUUGUUCUGUUCUUUGUCUUCGCCAUGAUUUAACCUUACGAUUUUGAAUUUGAAUUUCUAAAUGGGUCUCUGUAUCUCCAAAGCCUCCGGGGACCUGAACUCUCCUAAAUCUGAUCCUGUUUCGGCCAAGGGAACCCCUGUUCCAGCUGAGAAUAAGCCUGUUUCCACUUCUGCUUCAGUGAACGGUGAAGUUGAUAACCCUAGUAAUGUCGAUGCGCAGAAUGGCACUGUUAGUGAAGGGAAAAAGUCUCCGUUUUUCCCGUUUUACAGUCCCAGUCCAGCUCAUUACUUCUUCUCUAAGAAGUCUUCGCCUGGGAGGUCUUCGGCUAAUUCCACGCCGAAGAGGUUUUUCAAGCGGCCUUUCCCUCCGCCGUCGCCUGCUAAACAUAUAAAAGCUGUGUUGGCACGACGGCACGGCUCGGUUAAGCCGAAUGAAGCGUCAAUUCCGGAAGGUACUGAAGACGAAGCUGCUGCGGGGCUCGAUAAAAGUUUCGGAUUCGCUAAGAAUUUUAUGAAUAAGUAUGAACUUGGAGAUGAAGUUGGCCGUGGACACUUCGGGUACACAUGUGCUGCUAAGUUUAAGAAGGGCGAGCUUAAAGGACAGCAAGUUGCUGUCAAGGUUAUACCUAAAGCCAAGAUGACGACUGAAAUUGCAAUUGAAGAUGUGAGAAGGGAGGUGAAAAUAUUGAGAGCUUUGACUGGACAUAACAAUCUUGUUAAAUUCUAUGAUGCAUAUGAAGACACUGAUAACGUCUACAUUGUGAUGGAGCUAUGUGAAGGCGGAGAGCUAUUAGAUAGAAUACUUUCGAGGGGUGGAAAAUACACAGAGGAUGAUGCGAAGGCAGUCAUGAUACAAAUAUUAAAUGUUGUUGCAUUUUGCCACCUUCAGGGUGUGGUGCACCGGGAUCUUAAACCUGAGAAUUUCUUGUUUACAUCGAAGGAUGAAAACUCGGUGCUGAAGGCCAUAGAUUUUGGCUUGUCAGAUUUUGUGAAGCCAGAUGAAAGACUUAAUGACAUUGUUGGUAGUGCCUACUAUGUGGCACCUGAAGUUCUGCAUAGAUCUUACAGUACAGAAGCUGAUGUGUGGAGUAUAGGUGUGAUUGCCUAUAUUUUGUUGUGUGGCAGCCGUCCUUUUUGGGCUCGAACUGAGUCAGGGAUCUUUCGGGCUGUUCUGAAAGCUGAUCCAAGUUUUGAUGAAACACCUUGGCCUUCUCUAUCUUCUGAGGCUAGAGAUUUUGUUAAACGCCUUCUAAAUAAAGACCCACGAAAAAGAUUAACUGCUGCUCAAGCUCUUAGUCAUCCCUGGAUAAAGAACUCCAAUGAUGUAAAAGUGCCUUUGGAUACACUAAUAUUCAAGCUGAUGAAGGCUUACAUGCGUUCAUCAACUCUUAGAAAAGCUGCUUUAAGGGCUCUCUCUAAAACAUUGACUAUGGAUGAACUAUUUUAUUUGAAGGAGCAGUUUGCAUUACUGGAACCAAACAAAAAUGGCGCUAUAAGCUUUGAAUCUAUUAGAGCGGCUUUAAUGAAAAAUUCUACAGAUGCAAUGAAGGAGUCACGAAUUCCUGAGUUUAUGACAUCCCUUAAUGCUCUUCAAUACAGAAGGAUGGACUUCGAGGAAUUUUGUGCAGCUGCGUUAAGUGUUCAUCAGCUAGAGGCUCUUGAUCGAUGGGAACAACAUUCUCGCUGUGCUUAUGAACUUUUUGAAAAAGAUGGAAACAGGGCAAUUGUCAUCGAGGAAUUACCUUCGGAACUUGGCCUUGGGCCUUCAGUCCCUGUUCAUGCUGUUCUCCAUGACUGGAUUAGGCACACUGAUGGAAAGCUGAGCUUCAUGGGGUUCGUCAAGUUGCUGCAUGGAGUGUCAAGCCGAUCCCUUGCAAAAGCUCAAUAGAAGUGUUGCACCCAACAUAGAAGCUAGAAGAAGCACUUUUUGCUGAAAAGCUGUAUUGGCCAAUAAAAAGAAAUAGUGAGCGGCCACAAUAUGCCUGAAAUGUGAAAAGUCUUAGUAGGCCUGAAAUUAAAUUUGAAGGGAUUUUCGUCAACAGCAAUCAUGGGCGAGUAGAUUUGGGUUGUGACUAAUAUGAUCUCAUCUCUAUCAGAGAGCUGUGCUGCAAACUUCAACGAUUGUAGCGAGGGCGGUGGCUACUUCAUGCUGUGAAGGUAGGCAAUUAUGUUUUCCACUGUAAAGCUGUAGUUAAAGUUUUCAAUUGCAGGUGAGAAUAUUUCUCAAA